AUGUAUAUCAUUGUCACAAUCGCGGACUUGAUCCAAAUCUCACCACAAGACUUUGAAAAGCGCAGCGCGCAAGCAAUCGAAGACAACAUAAACGCCAAAUAUGCAGACAAAGUAAUCCACCGCGUCGGCCUCUGCGUAGCCCUCUACGACAUCCUUCAAACCAGCGAAGGUCUCAUCGGCCACGGCACCGGCAUCGUAAACGUCAAUGUCGACUUUCGCAUGAUUGUCUUCCGUCCCUUCAAGGGUGAAAUCCUGAUGGGCAAAAUCCUCAGUGCCUCUGAUAUGGGUAUUAGAAUCUCCAUGGGCUUUUUUGAUGAUAUCUUUGUGCCGGCGCCAGCAAUGCUGUUUGAUCCUGCAAAGUAUAUCAUGACUGAGGAUGGAGAGUGGGUAUGGGUUUGGGAAUCUGCGCCGGAAAACUUGCUUUACUUUGAUGUCAACGAGAUGGUUCGCUUCCGCGUCGAGGCCGAGACGUGGACAGAUCUGUCUCCCGAGAAGCAACCUGCACCGGGCGAGGAGGUCGAAACUUACAGACGCUCACCAUACGAGAUUACUGCAUCUAUGCAACUUAGUGGUCUCGGUCCAGCUCUCUGGUGGAAAGAGCCAGAUGAAGAAGAAGUGGCCGAAGACGAGGAGGAAAUGGAUGGCGGCGCAGAAGACAUGAAUGGCGAUGUUGUCGACGAGAUGGAUGAGGGAGCUUAG